CACAGAGAAGGCUAUUGGUUGAAAAAAUAGCCAAUGAGAGAGCCUGUUACUAGUCUGCGUGCUGCGGAGUAGGGGUACCGCUUUAGGCCCUGAAGCCCUACACGUUCGGCUGGUGUUAGCAGGAUGAGCUCAAUCGGCACCGGGUAUGACCUGUCAGCCUCUACAUUCUCUCCUGAUGGAAGAGUUUUUCAAGUUGAAUAUGCUAUGAAGGCUGUGGAAAAUAGUAGUACAGCUAUUGGAAUCAGAUGUAAAGAUGGCGUUGUCUUUGGGGUAGAAAAAUUAGUCCUUUCUAAACUUUAUGAGGAAGGUUCCAACAAACGACUUUUUAAUGUUGAUCGGCAUGUUGGAAUGGCAGUAGCCGGUUUGUUGGCAGAUGCUCGUUCUUUAGCAGACAUUGCAAGAGAAGAAGCUUCCAACUUUAGGUCUAACUUUGGCUAUGACAUUCCACUAAAACAUCUUGCAGACAGAGUGGCCAUGUAUGUACAUGCAUAUACACUCUACAGUGCUGUUAGACCUUUUGGCUGCAGCUUCAUGUUAGGGUCUUACACUGUGAAUGACGGUGCACAACUCUACAUGAUUGACCCAUCAGGUGUUUCAUAUGGUUAUUGGGGCUGUGCUAUUGGCAAAGCCAGGCAAGCUGCAAAGACAGAAAUAGAAAAGCUUCAGAUGAAAGAAAUGACGUGUCGUGAUGUUGUUAAAGAAGUUGCAAAAAUAAUUUACAUAGUGCAUGAUGAAGUUAAGGAUAAAGCUUUUGAACUAGAGCUCAGCUGGGUUGGUGAAAUAACUAAAGGAAGACAUGAAAUUGUCCCAAAAGAUAUAAGGGAAGAGGCGGAGAAAUAUGCUAAGGAAUCUUUGAAGGAAGAAGAUGAAUCAGAUGAUGACAAUAUGUAACAUUUACUUCAGCAUUUAUUUUAAAUUUCUAAUACAGUCCCCAUGUAACUAUUUUGCCUCUUGGAUUAUUACGUACCCACUGACCAAUUUUCAUUAAAUUUUUGUCUUGUAAUCACUGAAGUUUGAUUAAUAUAUGCUUGACAAAAUUGGUGGGGGUAAUUGAACACGUAUUUACUUAGCAUUGAAAUGUAGACUUAUGCCUAUUUAAAAAUUCCUUAGUUAAAAUACUGCAAGCAGAGGCUUUGGAAUCAGAUUAAAUUUAAAGCUCCAUUCGUUCACUCAGCUAGGACUUAAAGAUCAUAUCCUGCUGGGAUGUUGUGUAAAAAGAAACCUACCAAUGUAGUAAAUAGGCAAUUAAUUGAUGCCAUUGUCCAGUUUUGUACUGAGUAAAAUGAUUGUUGGUCAUCAGCCACUGUUAAAUCACAGGGACACACAAGAACAUGUUUUUCCUCCAUUUUACUGUAGAUUAAAUAUCCACAAAAUUGCUAUUCUGUCACUUAAAUUUCUCAAUCUGUAAAAUAAAAAUGCCCGUAUUUUAUGCUAAAAAAAUAAAUGAGAAUCUAUGUGUAAGUGCUCUUUAAAAAGAAUUGCUACUAGGGAAUAUUCAGAAUCAAAGCCUGCGAGAACAAUUGUCAUAACCCGAAUAGUAUCCUCUAUAUCAGGAAGAAACUAUUUGAAUUCAGGCCUAUAUACUAAGUAAACACCCUUCAUUGGGCUCAUGCCAGUAUUACUCCAUUCAACUGUCAUGCUUUCCUAGGAAGGUAAUCUAGUUACUGAGUCUAGCAGCAGGGUACUUCCUGGUUUGAGUAGUUCAAAAAGCCAAUCAUUGUGCUUCAAUAGCUACUAUACAAAUAAGCCCCCAAAAAUCUCAUUGCCAUGGUUUAUUUUAUAUAAAAUUGCCUAUUACAUUUUACAACUCAUGCAUUUAACUCAGAAUGACACCAGUGCUGGCCUUGGCCAAACACCUACACAAUUUUAAACUGGAUCUAUCUACAGAGAGAUAAUUACUAAGCUGACUAUCCCAAAGCCAACCUAUGGCCCACUGUUCUACUUUUGCAAACUUCCAAAGUAAGAUUACUAUAUGGAUCUUUUAUUAUGCUGUGAGGACAUGAAUUCUUAUUCAUAUCACUGUAACUAAUAACCCGUUUUAAAAGAGUGGUUAUAAAGAAACUUGAAUUUGAGAACCUAAGGCACCUGAAAACUAGUCUAUAUGCCAUAACAUCAGAUAAACCUAAAAGCUGAUAAACCCAGCAUUUUCUUACAUACAGAUUUAAUAAUCUAGAUUAAUUUGUAGUGCACUAUGCAACUACACUACUGAGACAGAUUAGCCUCUGAGGAAAAAAAAAGCUGGGACAUUUUACUUUGGACAA